AAGACCUGGUUUAUAUAAAUAGGCUAUAAAUAAAAAUAGAAACACGAGUACUGUGCUGUCUUUUACUGACAGUUAUGAAAUAUUACAACAAGCUUAAUUCUAAUUUCCAAAGGCAGCCUGGCUUGCUGCUGCACAGAGAGUAAGCAAUUUCCUUUCUAAGUGGUUACCAGUGGUUACAGGUGGCCAUGUUGGGUUGGCGUCACCAGCACACAGCCUUCCUGGGCAGGUGUGUUACCUGUGGCUCCCUCAGGAAGCACCUCCGAGGGCUCUGCUGCCACAGCUGACGGACAGACAACAAUGAAUGAGCCCACGGAGGAGACCAUGAUAUAGUGUCCCUCGCCAUUGCUUCUAACUCACUGUCAACCCGCGUGUGUGUGGGAGCUGUGAGCCUCGCAGUGAGUCCCGCACGGCUUUCUGGUGGCAGACGGAGGGGAAGUGCUUCCUGAUAAUAAAGAGGUGCGUCUUAUUUCCAUUCCAGCGAUUGACUGCGCACGGCUUUCACCGCCGGAGCUGGGGGCAUUGACGCAUUGUGGAGUCGACAGGGGGUAGCACUGCAACCCCGGCUUCGCUACACAACGGAGGCAUCUCUCGGCGACACCGCGAUGGCCGUAGUGCAGCUCGACACGGACGACCAUCAACCUGAGAACGGCUUCGUGUCCCCCGAAACCACGUCGCCGGGGCUGCUGACACGCAUCGACGGCUCCGUGCUGCCAUUUCUCGGGGGAUUUGGGAAGUACCAGAAACAGCUGAUCGUGCUGACAUGGAUCCCGGCGUUAUUUAUUGGAUUCAGCCAGUACUCUGAUAAUUUCCUCCUCGCCCAGCCGAACAACACAUGUAUCCAGCCUUUGGGGAACCUGUCUAAUCAGACUACAAGCCAUUCCUCGUUGUUAGACAGUCCCAAAAACAUCAGCGCGCGGCCGGCUUAUAUAAAUGCCAAUGGAAGUUACGGCAGCCACAAUGUCACCGCCAACAUGCAGUGUAGUUGCAGUGAGUGGACAUUUGAGCUGCACACAGGACUUGUACAGAACGUGGUCACCAAGUGGAGUCUGGUGUGUGACUCAGCAUGGAAAGUCCACAUCGCCAAGUUUUCUCUGUUGGUGGGAUCCAUCUUUGGAUACCUGACGUUUGGAAUCCUUGCUGACUGGUUCGGCCGCCACCCGGUGCUGAUCAUAUCGGUGCUGUUCAUGCUGGUGUUUGGUCUGUCCGUGGCCUUCUCUGUCAACGUCCCCAUGUUCAGCACCCUGCGCUUCUUCGAAGGUUUCUGCCUGGCAGGGAUCACCCUUUCUCUCUACGUCCUCAGGAUUGAGCUCUGCCUGCCAGGAUGGCGUUUUUCCAUGACCAUGGUGGCCAGUUUUGUGGUGUUGGGUGGUCAGCUGCUGAUGCCCGGGGUGGCAUACCUCUGUCGCGACUGGCAGGUACUCCAGGCUGUCAUCAUCUGCCCCCUGCUGCUGAUGCUGUCCUACAUCUGGAUCUUCCCUGAGUCACUGCGUUGGCUGCUGGCCACUCAGCAGUACUGCCGCUCCAAGUGGAUCAUGGGACACAUAGCAAAGAAAAACCGAUGCAACAUGGAGCUUGACACCGAUAAUAUCCUUACAGAACUGCAGAGAGCUCUUCAAAAGAAACCCAAGAAGACGUGCAUUGUGAAAAUGGUCGGGACGCGAAACCUGUGGAAGAAUAUUGUUGUGCUCUGCGUCAACUCGCUAACAGGUUAUGGGAUCCACCACUGCUUUGCCCGCAGCAUGAUGGACCCUGAAGCUCAGGAGACAACCAUGUUCCACAACUUCUAUGCAGAUUAUUACACCAUGGCGGGCAUUGCGGUGGCCUCUUGCAUGGCGCUGUGCCCUGCGGUGGGCCUGAUGGGCCGGCGGGGGGGCCUGCUCAUGUUUAUGAUCAUCACUGCCCUGGCGUCACUGCUGCAGCUGGGCCUGCUCAAUCUGCUGGGGAAGUACAGUGGCCAUCUGAAUAUAGAUUACACAGGGACGCUGAAUAAGAACUUUUCCAUCGCAUUCUCCAUCAUCGGCAUGUUCUCCUCCCACGCAGUCAGCAACCUGAGCAUCUUCUUCUGUGCUGAGAUCACACCCACUGUGAUCAGGGGUGGUGGGCUGGGUCUGGUCUUAGCCAGCGCUGGCUUCGGCAUGCUGACUGCACCCAUCAUGGAGCUCCACAAUCAGAAGGGCUAUUUCCUUCACCACAUUAUCUUUGCCUGCUGCACUCUCAUCUGCAUCAUCUGCAUUCUCCUGCUGCCUGAGACACGCUACCAGCCCCUCCCUGAGACCCUGGCCGAUGGCGAGAGCUACACCCGUCAACCUUUCAUUCCUCCAAGGAAACCUGGCGAGCAGGGCCUGCUGGUCCAAUCUGAGAGCAGCAGGGACUACACCAGGGUGCAUGACACGCCGCUCCACGAGGUAGCCGCCACCGCGGCGUCCACUAUGGAUUCCACCGCCUCUUCAGCUGUUGAUUUGACCGCUCCGUCGGUCGCAGAUAUAUUGGCUCCCACGUUCAUGGAGGUGCAUCCUGGCAAGUCUGAGCCUAAAGACCCCAACGGUCACUCUGUUUCAUCUUUGUCCAUGACUCCCCUCAAAGCCUUGGGUAAAGACAGCGUCAUACAUGUCAGUAAAGAGCACCUGCUGUCUUCCACUCCUUUACACAAACCCCCGUGCGUCACAGACCCACUUUUAGCCAAUGCUGAAGAACCUCCAGCAAUAGUCCUGGAAUCUGUUGAUCCAUUGACGGAUCCUGUCAUUCUUGAAAUGAAUGACAUUGGUCCUUCACCUACAAAAGAGUCAGUUGCUACCCCUUUCCCUUCAUUAGAACCUUCCACUCCCCCCAUCUCUCAAACUGUGCCUGCCUCCUUAUUGAUCUGCACCACGCCCAUCAUCGAACCCCCGCCUAGCUCCACGUUAGAAUCCCCCAGCCCGGUGGGACAUGAGAUCAACGAUAUCGCCCCACACGCACCUUUGCUAGAGCCCACUCAUGCCACUUUAGAGGACUCCCUUACUCCAUCUAUGCAUGACAGCCUUCCUCCAUCCCCUACCCCCUCUGCUCCGAUUACAGAUCUCAUAGACAACACUUCCUCUGAUGCUCCACCCCCCAUUAGCGUACACACUGACAUUCCCAUCCACUUAGAAAUAGUAGAGGAUUCUACAUCAACUCCUCCCACUAGAGACUCCCCCAUACCUCCUGUCAUACACCCCCAGUCGCCGCAGUUGGACCCCACCUCUCCCUGUGUCAAUGAAAUAUCUCCUUGUUCUCCUUCUCCCCCUAGCCCAGUCACCGUUUCCCCUUCACCCACUCCCCCUCCACCCAUUGACUCAGGCCAUACGCCUCCAGAGCCCUUUUCCACUCCCCCUGUCAUAGAUACUGUCAAUACCACUGCACCGGUUCCUACCAUUCUCCCUGUCACAGACAUUGUGCACACUUCCACUCCAGAAUCUACCACUCUGACUGUUCAGCCCACGCAGGAUUCAGCUGCUUCCCUCGCCAUAGAUUCAGCGCCAACUUCAGGCUCUACAGAAGCAACUCCCCUCUCUCUAAUGGACUGCACCGUCUCCUCCCCCAUAGACUCUGGUAUGCUUUCCCUUAGGGACAGUGCCAGCACAGACAACAACACCGUCAAUGGUGUGGCGUCAUUAUGAUCCAGCGUUGCAACCAGGAGGAGAAGCUUUACGGUUGCGCGAGGAAGCAGCCCAUGCCACAUGAAUAACCCCAAAGGGGGUGAUGAGGGGGGCGUGAACUGUCCUACUCAGACUUCAGGCACUGAGACUGUCCCCACCUGGAGUUGAGUAGACAUGUCUUAUGGAGAUGCUGUAUGUUUCUCAAUGUCUCCCUCUCCCCCCGACCCUUCCUGCAUUUAGCCAAUAAAUGAGACCACGUAAGUGAGAGAGUGCCAGAGGCUGGUUUGUGACAAUGUGACAGUAUCUUCUGCUCUUUUUGAAUGUCACUGGAAAUCACCAGCCUAUAAACUACUUUGAUGUAAAUGAAUGGGAAAUCACUGUCUGUCGUUUUAAAGAGACUUGCAACUAUACCCACAAUCACUGAGAGGACUGGUGAGAAAUACGAUGAUGCUUAAAAACAAAAAAACAAAAAAAAUCAAAUCACUGGUACUUUUCCUCAAAUGAAAUGUCCGUCUAACAUAUUUGUAUAAAAACAUCGCCUUACCUGUAUGGACAGAAAAAAAAACAAAAAAAAGAAACUGAAUGUUACAGCAUAUUUUUUGCCAUUGCAGAGGUAAACAAUCCAAAUUGGAGUGAUUUUUCUAAAUGCAACGCCAAAAACUACUCUGACCAAAAUCAAAUGUAGACAUAGUGCCAAAAAAAAAAAAAGCAUAAAUACAGUAUUUGCCUGUUUGGUGCAUUCCCCUGACAUCGACUGUAUGUGGAUUAAAGUGAACCCUGUUUCGAAGUUCAGAAAUUGAAAAUAAUUGAAUUGUUAAUCAAAUUAAUAAAAGACUGAAGCUAAAUCACCGUUUGAUAAAUCAGAAUUUAGAAAUGAGAUUGCUAAAUUAAGAGAAAAGAAUGACCCAUAUUUUGUCGCUCUGAAGAAACUUUGAUUUGUCCGAUUGUUUCAGUCAAUGGAAUUAAUGGUAUGCAAAUGCUUUUAUUUGUAAAUGUGAUAUUGUAAGUAAUUGCAUAAUUAGUUGUUGGGCUUCAGUCUUUUUUUUUUUUUUUAAAUUGAAAGUAUUAUUUUUGAAUAAUCUCCCAUGGCGUGCCCUUAUUGUACAAAGCUAUACUACAUUUCUUACAGUAUUUGCGGCACCUCAGUGUGACGCCACUUUAUUCUUUGCAGUUGGGACAAAGCAUGAAAAAUAAUUGUGAACGUGUCAGCAAAACAAACCUUAAAAUGCAAACCUUAAAAACACACAGAAGCUAUCUUUGAAACGAAACCAGUGGAUGACAAAAUGUUCGAUGUGAUAACCAACUGUCAUCGCUAACCUUCCGUGUGUUCUCCCAAAUCAUGUUCCGGCAUUAACAUAGUUUAUGUACUGUAUGUCAGCGUGCUCAUACAUUCACAUGCACAACAAACAACAAUGCACAAACAUGCAAUACGUCAUACAUGUCAAAAAUGACAUUUUAAAAUACAGGUCAAAUCCUCAUUUAUAGGUAGAUUAACCUCUUCAUGAUCUUAAAUUGACAAACUCUUGCUUAAGGAGGCACUUUCUCUUCCAAAGCCUGUGUCCAUGUGUGGACAGUGUUAUACUUGACUUGUGUGUAACUCGACAGGUGUAGUUACACUUUUUUGAGGUUGUAAUAUUUGUCGGAGAAAGAUGUACAACUGUGGAUAGACCACUGUUUACAAUGUAAUAAUGAAAAAUAAUAAUUACACUUUACUGCACAACAUAGGAGCCAACUGAAUGAUGUCUUGUCAUUUUGAAAUGUGAUAAAACUCACAGUAUAUCAUAUUACAUCUCUACAGGGAGUAUUGGUGAUCUAUUAAGGUGUCAUUCAGGAGUCAAAGACAACAGCAGACUUGUGUUAUUCACACCAUCUUGUGGUGCACUUAAGAAGAACCUUACAGGUACUCUACUCAGCUUCAAUUUAUCGAUCUUUCGGUGGAUCAAGUCAACAAACUUCCAUUUAGAGUUCCGGUUCAUAGAAACAUUUAGUGUCUAACAUGCCAUGCUGCUAAGCCUCAAAGCACAAUGCCCUGCAAUCAUGUGAUGUCAACUUUGGUGGAGCUUGGCGUCUUGACAGUUAAAGAAAAAAAAAAAAAAAAAAAAAAAAGGGAAAUGGAGUGGGAUUUUGAAACUACUAGUACAUUAACUUUUGCAAUAGACCCAGAUGUGAUCCACUUUGUGGAAAAAGGGUGUUGACACUGGAUUUAAUAAGAAAUUCUUGGCAUCUGCAGUAAAAAAGUGGGUUGACUGCAGUGGUCAGUAGCUUCACAUUACUCUGAGUCCUCAUUGUCUGUGAGUGUUGGUCUGUCUGUCUCAGUGUGCGUAUUGCAGGAAUUGAACUGUGUAUUGCCAAAAUCCCAUGCAACACCGGUGUAAAGACAGUGACACAGCACAAUACAACCAGUGUCUUCUCUAAGAUCUGUUGCUUCCAUUUCCACAGCUCCCAAUGCAGCUAUUUCACGGUGCUGAUGGGAGUCGUUCAUCUGGAGUACAAUUGCAGUAAAAAUCAGUAAAAGCAAUCCAAAGCAAUGUUAGCACCAGCGACAGGGUAAACUAGGAGACAGUGAUUGGUGGAAAAGCAAAAAAAAAAAAAAAAAAGACGAAAAAAAAAAGGUUAUGCCUUUGUAAAUAGUAGGCUAAAUGUGUGGACACGCCCAGCAUAAGAUGAAGGAUCAUAGAUCAUAACAUGGACUGAUAAAUAGUUUUGAACUUAGAUAAAACUCUCAGAGACAUGAAGUCCCCAGUGUACGCAUUUCAGGUUUUGCUUCUGUCAACCGUGCGACUCACAAUCUCCUCACGGGAGAUUCGAAUGAAUGUAAAAACCAUGGAUUGUACCAUUUAUAAUUUCUGAUUGUUUGGUUUCAUUUUGUUUUUGUUUUAACAGACAUAAUGCACUUGUAUAUAAGCCAUACCUGUUGUUAAAAUAAACCACUAUUUAUUGAUCAA